AUGGGCCAAAUAAAACUCACUCACGAUGACUAUACCGUCGGAUGGGUAUGCGUGCUAGAAUGUGAGCUGAACGCCUCCCGGGCGUUGCUGGACGAGGAACACGAGAGGCUCCCGGCCGCCGAGAAGGAUGAUAACGCUUACCUCCUUGGAAAAAUGGGGGAGCAUAACGUGAUUAUUGCAUUCCCAGCAGUAUACGGGGUCGGCGCAGCGGCACAAACAGCCACGAAUAUGAUUCGCACGUUUCGGAAUUUGCGGUUCGGGUUGAUGGUGGGGAUUGGGGGUGCGGCGCCGAACCCGGCACGGUUUGGAAGGCCUGGUGAGGAUAUGCGAUUGGGGGAUGUGGUUGUUAGCGAGCCGAAGGGUGAUCAAGGCGGAGUGGUGCACUAUGAUUUGGGGCAGCGGGGAGCAGAUGGAAGGCUUCACAAGAAGUCCCAUCUGAACAAACCGCCGAUGUUUCUGCUGACUGCGAUGAAACUCUUACGGUCAGAUCAUCCCUUCGGUAGGGGAGAGAUGAAUCGCUACAUCGCCCGUAUCGGCCAGCUGUCGGAGACAUUAGAACUCUUCGAAGCCUAUCAACACCCGGGCAGGGAUAAUGACCGUCUAUAUCGAGUGGAUUAUGACCACGAGGGCGGAGAAGAAGACUUACUGGAUGUGUUAUCGAAUAUCCAGACGGGUGUAUCCAUAAUCAACUCAUCAAUAAGUACCGCCCAGGAACACGAGCUGCUUGUAUGGCUGUCCCCAAAGGACUACGGCUCUGAACAAACUGAUAUCCUACGCCAACGUCAAGAGGGAACUGGGACAUGGCUCAUGGAGACCUCUGGCUUCGAAACAUGGGUGGCUGAACGUAACAAAACCAUCUACUGCAGAGGCAUGCCCGGUGCUGGAAAGACGGUUAUGACCGCAGUGGUAGUGGACCGUCUUCGAUCACGGUUUGAGGUGAAUCCUGCGGUGGGGAUUGCAUGCAUAUACUGUAGCGUUCAGAAUGAAGCCGAGCAAACCCACAGCUGUAUCUUUCUGAGCCUAUUGAGGCAGCUAGUCCGACAGCUAUCAUACACGCCUGAGAUGGUGAAGAGUAUGUACGAUCGCCACCAACGAACUGGCAGCCGGCCGAGUUUUCGUGAAAUAGUGGAUGUUCUACAAGAUACAAUCGCCCGGUUUGAAAGGACCUUCAUCGUGAUUGACGCUCUCGACGAGGUGCUCACUUCUGAAAGUCCCCCGAAGCAGCUAGUUAGAGAACUCUUUGCUCUUCAAAAAAAAACCGGGAUUAACAUAUUCGCCACCUCUCGUUUCGUCCCGGAGAUUACAGGCGAGUUCAAAGAAAGUAUACUGAUCGAUAUCAGGGCGACAGAAGAGGAUGUUGUGCAGUACUUAGGCUCACAUAUUGGGGAGUUACCCGCCUUUGUAUCCGAGACCCCAGGGCUGGAAGAUGAAAUCAAGACAGGCAUUAUUGAGGCUAUUGACGGAAUGUUUCUGCUAGCGAAGCUCCACUUGACCUCAUUGCUGGAUAAAAUAUCCAUAAGAGACAUAAAGGACACGCUCAAGACCCUACCCAGAGGCUUCGACGGAUACGAUAAAUCGUACCUGGAAGCGAUGAACAACAUUCACGGCCAACGGCAAGGCUUGCGCGAACUCGCUUUAAAAGUCCUGUCCUGGAUUUGCUGUAGUCGGAGACUACUACUCGCGACUGAGCUCCAGCAUGCACUAGCAGUGAAAGAAAGACACACAGAGUUUGAUAGAUUGAGCAUCCCGGACAUCGGGCUACUUGUCAGUGUAUGUAAAGGAUUGGUCAUUGUGGACGGGGAACGGGCGACAAUCCGCUUGGUUCACUACACAACACAGCAGUAUUUCGAACGGACAUGGCAGGAAUGGUUUCACGAUGCACACGAAAGGAUUGCCGAAGCUACUCUUAGGUAUUUGACAUUCACUUCCUUCGAUAGUGGAGCCUGCGCGACAGGCACCGAGUUCAAGGCUCGCCUGGACCAAUAUGCAUUGUAUGAUUAUGCGUCGCGGAAUUGGGGCUACCACGUACAGGCCGCAUUGUUUGAGGAGACUUCCUUGGUGCUAAAACUUCUGGAGCAUGAGAAGCGCGUAUCUAGCGCGGCUCAGGCCAUGUUUGCUGAACGGAGUCAAGGACGUAGUGAGCGCAGUCCGCGCGGAAUGAACGGACUUCAUAUUGCGGCCUACUUCGGGCUCGAGAAGACGGCGAGGCUUUUGCUUCGCAAGUUCCCACCGGAUGUGAAGGAUAGUUCUGGCCGAACGCCUCUGCUUUGGGCCUCUGCGCGUGGACAUGCUGCUGUCGUGGUGGCAUUGCUUGAGAAUAACCUGGUUGAUGCAGACUGGCAGGAUGACGAGGGCCAAACGCCCUUAUUUCUGGCUGCAGAUAAUGGACACGGGAAGAUUGUGGACUUGCUCAUGGGCCGUGGAGUGGAGUUCAACCACAUGGAUCAUGCAAAACAGACACCACUAUGCGCAGCUGCGAGUAACGGGGAUGAAACGGUAAUCAAGGCAUUUCUACUUCACCAAGUUGAUAUUGAUUGCGAGAAUGGCCACGGGGAAACUCCACUCGUAUCAGCAGCAGGGUACGGACAUGCUGGGUCCGUGGAGCUGUUGCUAAGUCACAGUGCUCCCCUGGUUCUUCGUACUGGAAAUAGAGCGCUCUCUCGCGCAGCAUCGAAUGGUUAUGCCGCCGUGGUGGAAGCCCUCCUGCAACAUGGCGCUGAUGCGGAUUAUCGAGAUGAAGAUGGGCGCACGCCACUGCUUUCUGCCGCGCAAUAUGGCCAUGAAGGGGUGGUGUCCCUCUUGCUCGGUCAUCAAAAAGUCAAUCCGAACGCCGAAAAUGCCCGGGGUCAGACCCCACUAUCAGUCGCUGCCUGGCAAGGACAUGAAAAUACCGCGCGCCUUCUUCUUGCCGAUAGUCGUGUAAACCCUGACCACAAGGAUAAGGAGGGAUGGACCCCUCUCUCGCUCGCCGCAUUUUGGAGACGCAUAUCCGUAGUCGAACUCCUAUUGGAAGUUCCCCGAGUUGAUGCUAACUCUAUGAACUCUUCCGGUCGAACGCCCUUGUCUCUUGCAGCACAUAACGGUGGCGAGGAGGUGGUAAAACGACUACUUCAGACUUCUACAGUUGACCCAGACCUACGUGAGCGAGACAGCGGCAACACACCACUCGCAGUAGCAGCCCAAUACGGACGCGACUCUGUGGUCCAGCUUCUACUUGCCACCCCAGGGGUCGAUCCAAACUCCAUCAAUGCCAAAGGAGCAACUCCCUUAUCUCUUGCUGCGCGAGAAGGGUGGGCGGACGUCAUCGAAGUACUCGUUCUUGAUGGAAGGGCAGAUUGCAACCACAGAAACGAAACUGGCCGAACCCCUCUUUCAUGGGCGUCUGGACGCGGUCAUGCCGCCGUGGUUGAACGUCUGCUUGCCGUGUACAGGGUGGACACCAAUGCACCGGAUGACGAAGGGCGCACCCCGUUAUUAUGGGCUGCCUGGGGUGGUUACCCGACUAUCGUGAACCAACUCCUCGCAACAAGGAAGGUUGACCUUGAGUGUAGGGAUAGUAAUGGCCAAACCCCUCUUUCCCGUGCGGCGGAAAGCGGGGGGCUGACAGCCGUAGAGAUGCUUCUAGAGGAAGGUGCUGACAUGAACUCUGAGAGCAAGGAUGGGAUGACGCCGCUCAUGUGUUCCGUGGAGAAUGGCCAUGUGCAAGUUGCAGAAGCCCUCCUCACCGCGGGUGCUUCCCCGGGAGGAGUAGACAAAGAGGGCCGCACUCCACUGCUCAUCGCCGUUGAGGCAGGACGACGAGAGGUGGUUGAGUUGUUGCUAAGCGAUGCUGGCCUGGAUCCUGAUGCGAGUGGGGAAUAUGGGUACACUCCGUUGAAGUUGGCUGAGGAGUGUGGUUGGGAUGAUAUAGUGGACUUGAUCGAGGCGGCCCACGAAAGGCGCACGAGGUCCACGGGCUACGAUUCCCCCCCUCGGACGUCUUCGUGGGCCCCACCCCUCGUAUCUGCUAUGGGUUUGUCAAAUUCGAGUGCCAGCUGGGAUCGGGGAAGGCGAGUACAAGGCGUUGUUUCGCAUCGAGGUGGAAUUACAGAAGGCACCGCGCCAGAAGUGGCAAUGGUGACCAGGUCAUACUCCCAGAUCUCGCUUGAUGAGUGA